AUGAGAAAGUUGAACAAUAAUUUUUUCCAGAGCAAAGAGUCAGUUCAGUUGCGGGCGCUAUGUCCGAGUGAAGAGGAAAUGAGACAGCCAUAUUGGAGUUGGCCACAGGAUCGCCCUGCUGUUGUCUCGGCAGAGUCAAUUCCUUCUUCAUGUGGUGAUCUUGAUGAGUUGAACAAGGUGGUAAGCUUGUUGAGGUCCGAGUUGUUUCAAGUAAAGCGGGAAAAAGACGUCCUUCACUUAAAGGUCAUACGGAUGGAAAAACUGUUGGACCAAUGUUUAGGUCCUCAGUUUGAGCAGGAAGUAAGGAGGGACCUAGCUUUACUGAAACAGAGGACGAAUCGUUGUGUCGUCUCACAUCUAUUUAAGGGAUAUGGGGAAAUGGAUGACAUUCAAUGGGAUGAAGGGCCAAGUAACAGAAAUGAGGGAGAGGAAAAGGAAGAUGAAGGGAUUGAAGGGGGUGAAGGGCCAAAUAAUAGAAAUGAGGGAGCACAUAAGGAAGAGGAGGGGAUUGACGGAGAGGAAAAGGAAGAGGAGGGGAUUGAAGGGGGUGAAGUGCAAGGAAAACCAAGUGAGGUAGAGGAAGGGCAAAGGAAAAGAAGUGAAAGAGAGCAAGUGCCAGCAAAAAGUAGCAAAGGGAGAGGAAGCCCAAAGAACAGAGCAUUGAGGGAGAGGAAGUGA